AUGGCCUCGGACGAUGAGGAAGCCAAUGCCAUGGCCCUGGCGAUGGGAUUCUCAACUUUUGGCACAAAACCUUCUGCGAAAAAGAGGAGGUUCAAUCCCUCUACGGAUGCAUUUGUUGAAGGACAAGACCUCGAAAAGCUGGAUCGCGGAGGUAAGAAGGGAAAAGGCACUGGCGGCAAUAUGAUUCCAGUUGGAGUUCGAAAGACAAGGAUACCUUCAUAUGGCGGGGCAGCUUCCAUGCAAGGAGGAAGCAUGGGCAAAGAGUCAAUUGGGAAGACUGUACAAGCAGAAGAUAAUAUGAGGCGACCAAUUCCCAGUGCUCGAAUAUCUCCAGAGAGGUCGCUGUCUGAUACUGAGGAUGCUCCCAACUAUAUGGACACAAGUCGACCUCCUCCAAUCACUCGAAAGUCCCCCGAAAGAUCGGACGAGGAGGAAGAAGACGGACCAAGGUAUAUGGAUACUAGCGAAGCUGCUCCUAUUACACAAAAGUCUGAGCCCAUAAGCAGAGGAGGCUACAUCUCGACGACGCCAUCAAUAAUUGCACCCAGUAUACUGUCGAUGCGAUUACCCCCUCCAAUAAAUCCCCCGCUGGGGCUCAACGAAACUACCUUCCCAAUUCAGCCUUCUCCUCCAGGAGCCAGUGUACUUUCAUCUCACACAACCGCGCACUCGCCCCCACCUGGAAUUUCUCAACCCAUUACUCAAAUGUCACCUCCGCCAGGUUUACCGACCAAGCCUCCUCCAGGACUACCGCCUUCAAACUUCCGAGGUACUUCUCCAUCCGACAGUAGCCACUCAAAUAAACCUGGGAACAAUAGAGGAGGAGGUUUUCAGAAAGGUGGUCGAAGAGGAUUUAAUGAGAAAUGGUACGAGGGUUAUUAUGACGUUACGUUCAAUCAGAAUCCCUGGGAAGCACUAGAGGUUGGGAAGGGACUGAGUAGCGUGGGUUCUUGGUUACCAGGAUCCAACCAACAGAAAGGCCGUAUCUGA